UAUGACUGUGGUUACGGUAGCCAGGCACGGGCAUGGGGAGUGAAUGACCCGCGGGGGGAGGAAUCGCUGUGGCCAGGCCCGGGCAGCGGCGACGGGUCCCCGGGCUACUGGCUUAAGUGGCAGCUUCAGGGUAUCGGAGCCUGAGGGUGGAGCGGAGCGGAGAGCCCGGCUGCCACCCGCGGGUGCCAGGGCCGCAGGGCGGCCCAGCGUUAGGGGCGGGCUGUGAGGCAGCGGCGGUAGGAGGGGGAUGGCAGGCAGCAGGCCGCCGCGCCGCCCUCUUGUCCCGGGGUAAAGCCCAAGUGCGCCUGCGCGCCCCCUGUGUGGCAGAGGAUCAGGCAAAAGUAAGAGACCCCCCACCCUCUGUGUGUCUCCCUGAGGAACUGGGACUCCUGGGUUCUGGUCCUUGCUGUGCCAUUGGCUCUUCCAGCUCCCUCCACUAAUACUGGCCCCAAGUCUUCUUCGCACGGCGCUGGUAGAGGUUAAGGUCUGUCUGUGCUCGUAGUAAACUGUUAUUAACAUCUGGACAGCUGCGCCUCUUGCUGAGAUCAUCGACAGAGCUUGCUAGUGUGAAUAAGCCUUUAGAGACUGAAAGAAGAAAACCUCACGUGAAGGUGGAGCACGCCCAGGCCGAAAAACGUGCUUGUUUAUUUCCAGAGGGAAACAAAGCCAGUGUGUGUGUGUGGUUUGCUUGGUUCCUUUAUUAUUAUUAGGAGUAGUAUUUUUUUAAACUGCUUUGUCAUUCAAACUUUGUUUGCAGUGGUGUUAUAGUCGUGUUGGUCCCAGGAUACAAGAGAGACGGUGGCUGUGAUAAUAUAUUUUAUGGGACUGAUUUCUGUUGGUGAGCAAGACCAGCUUCAAACAUCAGGUCUGGCAAGAAGAGCUCUAGGAUUUAUUCAUUUCAGGAGGAAAAUGAAAAUUUUCUCUGAGUCCCAUAAAACUGUUUUUGUUGUGGAUCACUGCCCGUAUAUGGCAGAAUCAUGUAGACAACAUGUUGAGUUUGACAUGUUAGUAAAGAAUCGGACUCAAGGAAUCAUCCCCCUGGCACCCAUAUCAAAAUCACUGUGGACCUGCUCGGUGGAGUCAUCUAUGGAAUACUGUAGAAUAAUGUAUGAUAUUUUUCCUUUCAAAAAACUGGUGAAUUUCAUUGUAAGUGAUUCUGGGGCUCAUAUCUUAAAUUCCUGGACCCAAGAAGACCAAAACUUGCAGGAGUUAAUGGCAGCUCUAGCAGCUGUUGGACCACCUAAUCCUCGUGCGGACCCAGAAUGCUGCAGCAUUCUGCAUGGUUUGGUUGCAGCAGUAGAAACGCUCUGCAAAAUCACAGAAUACCAGCAUGAGGCCCGAACCAUACUAAUGGAAAAUGCAGAACGUGUUGGAAACAGAGGAAGAAUAAUCUGCAUUACAAAUGCCAAAAGUGACAGCCAUGUUCGAAUGCUUGAAGACUGUGUCCAGGAAACUAUUCAUGAGCAUAACAAGCUUGCAGCUAAUUCAGAUCACCUCAUGCAGAUCCAGAAGUGUGAAUUGGUCUUAAUCCACACGUAUCCAGUUGGUGAAGAUAGCCUUGUUUCAGAUCGCCUUAAAAAAGAGCUUUCUCCAGUCUUAACCAGUGAAGUACAUAGUGUCCGUGCUGGACGGCAUCUGGCUACAAAACUGAACGUUUUAGUACAGCAGCACUUCGAUCUGGCUUCAACCACAAUAACCAAUAUCCCUAUGAAGGAAGAACAACAUGCUAACACAUCUGCCAAUUAUGAUGUGGAGCUUCUUCAUCACAAAGAUGCACAUGUAGACUUUCUCAAAAGUGGUGAUAAUCAUAUAGGUGGCAAUAGCAAGGAGGGUACAUUUAAAGAAACUGUAACAUUAAAAUGGUGCACGCCACGAACAAACAGUGUUGAAUUGCAUUAUUGCACUGGAGCAUACAGAAUCUCACCUGUUGAUGUAAAUAGCCGACCUUCCUCCUGUCUUACAAACUUUCUUCUCAAUGGUCGUUCUGUUUUGUUGGAACAACCACGCAAGUCUGGUUCUAAAGUAAUUAGCCACAUGCUUAGUAGCCAUGGUGGAGAGAUUUUCCUGCACGUAUUGAGCAGUUCUCGAUCAAUUCUAGAAGAUCCCCCUUCAAUUAGCGAAGGAUGUGGUGGGAGAGUCACAGACUACAGGAUUACAGAUUUUGGUGAAUUUAUGAGGGAAAACAGAUUAACUCCUUUUCUAGACCCCAGAUAUAAGAUCGAUGGAAGUCUUGAGAUUCCUUUGGAACGAGCAAAAGAUCAAUUAGAGAAACAUACUCGUUACUGGCCUAUGAUUAUUUCGCAAACCACCAUCUUCAACAUGCAAGCUGUAGUGCCAUUAGCCAGUGUUAUUGUGAAAGAAGCUCUGACAGAUGAGGAUGUGCUGAAUUGUCAGAAAACAAUAUACAACUUGGUAGAUAUGGAGAGGAAAAAUGAUCCACUGCCAAUUUCAACAGUUGGUACCAGGGGAAAGGGUCCAAAAAGAGACGAACAAUACCGGAUUAUGUGGAAUGAAUUGGAGACCCUUGUUAGAGCGCAUAUAAGUAACUCGGAUAAACACCAGCGAGUCUUGGAGUGUCUCCUGGCUUGCAGGAGCAAACCUCCUGAAGAAGAGGAGCGCAAGAAACGAGGGAGGAAGAGAGAAGAAAAAGAAGACAAGUCAGAGAAAUCAGGAAAAGAUUAUGAACUGGAAAAACCCUGGCAGGAAUCAGAGAGAUUAAAAGGUGUACUGGAUCGCGAAAAAGAGGAACUGACAGAAGCUGAAGUUAUAAAAGAUUCUCCUGAUUCUCCCGAACCACCCAACAAAAAGCCUCUUAUUACGAUAGAUGAAAUAUCUCCAGUGGAAAAAACAAAAGGGCCAAUGUCCUUGCUGUCUUUGUGGAGCAAUAGGAUUAAUACAGCCAAUUCCAGAAAACACCAAGAAUUUAUUGGUCGUCUGAACUCUGUCAACAAUAAAGCUGAGCUGUAUCAACAUCUUAAAGAGGAAAACGGAAUGGAAACAACAGAAAAUGGAAAAGCCAGCCGGCAAUGAAUGUUGGUUUUUAAGAACUGUGCUUGGCCAUAUUUCAUGAAUAUUUUAUGCUGGAUAUGAUACUGGUACCAUUUCAGUCAGAUUGUAUAGAUCUGUUGCUUUGAUUGGUUUUACAUUUUUCUGAUUUUAUCCUUUUUCUAUUAAAUGUAAAAUUUGCAUAUUACAUUCAGUGAAUUGUGUGCAAAUUGGAUUUGUCUUGAAGUAUCUUAUAUUUUAGGAUGAAAGGAUGUUUCUCCUGCUACACACACAAGCAAACCUGUGAAAUGAUACAAUCUGAUUUUUAGUUCUGUUUAAUACUGAAAAGCACAAUAUUCAAGCAUUUUAAAAAAAUAUAUUUGAGCUUUUUUCUGUUGUAUUGAUGAUAACAUUUUUAGAUCUGUAUGAAACUCCUCAAGAGGCCAUGCUCUAGGAGAAGAGAAAUAUAAAAAUACCUAUUAAGUACAGACUCUUAAUCUGGAGUUCCUCAUUGAGAGUGUGCAGUUCCAGAUCAACAGUUGGGCAGUAGGGUGAGAAAUGGUUUAAAACCUUCACUAGAGUAUAAAUGAUUGGGGUAAGGGCUUGAACUUCUUAAACAAGAUUAAUUAUUAAUUUCAUCAAGAGAAUUAUUCCAUUUGAAAGCAAAGCUUUUCUAGUAGCUAUUUAUGCCAGAAUUAAUAAAACAAAAAUCUUUGCCUUUAACUGGUAACUGUCUGCUACCUUCAACUUGCCAUCCACAGGAAUGUACAGAAAGAGGCUACUGGGUGUAAAAUAAAACCGAGUUCAGAGAGCAGGGCCCAAUAUUAUUCUGUCUGCGGUCAUGCAGCAGAGUUACUCCAACCUUUGCUGAAUUAACUUCCUUUUGCUUGAUGGCAGCCGAUAGAAACAACUGACUUGGGUAUACUACAGUGCAAGAUGUGGUUACCAUGCUCUUACUUUAGGAAGAAGGGUAGCUGGCACAUAGGCGUUUCUUCUAAAUAAGUUAGUAUGUCACAUAGCCAAGUUUCAUCAACUGAGAAAAAUAUGAAAGCCACAGAUGAUGAUGGCUGGAUCAGAACACAAAUAUCAUGUGAGUACUCCUUACUUACAUUCGUAACUGCUGACCAUUUAGCGGGAUAGAAAUAAAAUACAGAGCUUCAAGGUGAUUACAUAGCAAGUAUAAUGUAAUGUAAUUACGAAGUAAAUACAUGGUUUAUUUCUUUCUUGAUAUAUGAUGAUUACUUUUAGAGUCACCUGGUGUAAUUAUUUAAGUAAUCCAUAGUAUCAGUUAAUAAAGAGUACUUGCAUGA